GUGGUGUAGUGAAGCUUCAAACUUCAUAACGCUUCCAUCCAGCAGAGGCGAAGAGACUAUACGGUACACUUGAACGGAUACGCACACCAUUGGAUUCUUUUUCGCAAUUUGGAUAGAUUACUAAUAACCGUAUUUUAGACUCCCGGGCGGUCUAUUUCGUCAUCCUAUUCAUAUUGUCUCAAAGGGUGAGGGACAAGGACGGUCCAGCGCGUUCGGAGUGUACCGCCGUAUUUAGGGUAUAGGCGCGUCCAGUCAAACUUCGCCGGGUUAGCCAAUCUAGUCUCGCGAGAUCCAUACCAAGCGAGAAUCGAGUGACUGGAGCUUGUAAGAAUCCGAAAAAGAAGAAGUUCUGACUCUCAAGAUGACAGUGCCCAGCUGUUCAUGUGAUAGAUGUGUCAUGGACGACGUUACUUCCUGCUAUUUAUGACGGGUUACAAGCUAGAGAAACACGGAUAUGACAAGAUGGGUAUUUACAUUCUUCUUCAUGGUAUCGUGCCAGUUCAUUGUUUAUCCAUCGUUGUCGCAGAAGUUAAGUGGAAAACUCCUUAUGUCUGAAAUUUCCCCUGGGAUUGUGAGGUUCAACAGCACAGUCAAUGGGACAUGCAAAGUCACUGAUGGUUUGGACAGUUCCUUCAACAUUAGCCAAUUACGUAUCAUGUCCAACGAUGGAACACCUUUACCACUGGAGCACACUUGGAUCAGUUCUGACCACACAAUUCAGUUUGUUAUUCCUAGUAUUCAGAAAAGCCAAUUUGGGCUUUACAAAUGUACUUACAAUGACAGUGGGAGCAUCCUAUUUGUGGCGGUGAAAUACAUACAUGUUUUAGCUGAACUCUUGGAGGUCGAGUCGUUGCAUUUCGUUGUAGACAACUGGGAGAGCUACAACAUCACCAUGGUGCCUAGUCUCCAAGAACAGGACUACCACACCCAUGAUCAGAGGGACAGCUUCACUCAUCUGCACACGAAAGUCAAUUAUGAUUACACGAACAAGUGCCCACACUCGGGAGGCAAUGCUGUUGUGCCAAGAAAUUGCACGCCGGAUAGAAUUUGCAGGAACUUAGAUCAGUGCUGUAACUAUUCGUGCAAUUGCAACGACAAUGAAGACUGUAAAUGUAACUACAACGACCGUCCAGGCCUAUCUGAUGUCACGACAUGUUUUGGGGUGAAGAUAUGGUCAGAAGAAUUGGGGGAGCCUGAAACAUACGAUAAGAUAUUUCAAGUCAACUUAAAUGACUAUGUAAAGCCUUCACCUGUCGACAUCCGCACCAUUAAACUGGAAAUUAUCAACAGCACCUCAUUAAACAUCUCAUGGCUUGAGGAUGGUAUGUGGUCUUUUCGUGGCAAUAGGAGAGUUCAGUACAACGUGUUUUUCGAGGCAACGAAUUUUCAACAUGUGGUAAACAUCUCAAAUCUUCGUCAACCAUUCCUCACACAAACUGACCUAAUCCCGCACGGCAGCUACAGAGUCAGCGUUUUUGUUAGACCUCUCAAUUUAGGAAUACCUAGUGAUGCAGCUGUUACAGGCCUGACCAUGCCAGCGAGUGUUCCGUCACGGAACCCAUCAUUUAUAGGGUAUUCAAUGGUAAAUCAUGAUGCGAUCAAAACUGUGACACUUUACUGGGAGUCACUUUCUGAGAAAGAAAAACAUGGACUCGAGGUCAAAACAGAAGUUGAAUUAGAUGGACAGCCAUUUUUUGCCACAUUUGAGGAGAGCUCUUGCACUGGGGACAUACCAGGGCAGAAGAACUAUAGUGUUGCCAGAAUCUUCUCGAAGUCGAUGUCCCUUGGAAGAAACACAUCGGCACCUAUCUCAGCCAUGAAAAUAGCCGGAACUGUCAGAGAUUCACCACAGUUGAACCUUGAAGUGUCAAGGACAACCCUUGGUGUUUAUAAUAUGACUUUUCAUGCACCAAAUGGAAAAAAUGUCCAACUGAACGCAUCAGUCGUUAUGUGUGAAAAGGAUGCCAAAGAGAACACGUGCAGUACCAAGACCCAACUUGACAUUUUGCGCAACGUUAACACUACAGGGUUCGGAACAUUUAGUCUGAGUGCACGAAAUGGUGUCGAUCCCUACAAAAUUGGUGUGAUUCUGUCGGGAAGUCUAUAUUGGAACUUGAUAGAGUGGAGUCCAUGCAUUUUUGAACAAGGAAGGGUACCUUCGAGGCCAUCAGUUUCUUUGGGAAAACCCCUGCCCCCCGAAGAAUUGAUGAUACAUGUUGCAAAAUAUAGCUGUAGUAAAGAUACGGGAACGAGCGUCAAAGUACUAAAGAUCACGGGAUAUUACUGUCGAGCAAGUCGAGAUAAACCUGGAUGUAUUGGGAAAACCACUGACAUCGAGAUCCUCAACCCGGGUGAAUGGACAACCUAUGAUGUGGAUGCUGGGUUGUAUCGGGUCUCACUGAAGGCUGUAGCAGAUGACGGGACGAAGAGCCCGGAAUGGACCGACUCUGUGGACGUCCCAAAAAAAGGAAUAAAUGUUAUGUACAUAAUAGCUGGACUAUGUGGUGUUGCCAUUUGCCUCCUAUUCAUAAUUGGGAAGUUGGUGCACUGGAGAGAAGAACAGAAACACUCACCGUUGUCAAUUGUUCAACCAAGCACACCGAAAAAUCCUAUUACCUUUGAUGAGGCAACGGAAAGGACGUCAGCGCCACCAUCUCCAAUCAAUCGCUGUCAUCUACCACCAAGACCAGAGCCACCAUCACAUGUCGUGCCAAGCAGGAAUAAGAUAUCCCAUAACCCUCCGAAAUCGCGCAAAGCAAGUCAUAACGAUCGUGACAUCUAUGCCAGAGUUGUUAUGAGAAACAACCAAGAUUGCUCUGAAGCAGACGACAGCAAUCAUAGUGGUGAUGAGGAAAGUUGUAGUAGCGGAACUUAUACACCGGACACAAGCUGUACAUCUGGCUUUGGCAGUGGGAGAAGCAAUCAGCCAUUUGAAAUUCCUGCAAACUUCACCAACGGGGAGUAUCCAGGCCGCGAAGGCGAGACCGGUAAAAAUCGUGAACAAAAAAUAUCGGGGGUUCUUGAAGAUGGCCUGGAGUCUGCAUACGCAAAAUCACAGUGUUCUCUGAUGAAAUUGACUGACGAGUUCCCCGUGCAAUGCUUUGAAGAACCUCAGGGAGAUCCUAAAGCGGCUUCAAACCAAAAUAACUGUGAUAAUGACCCUUUCCUACGGCCUCCUCCUGCGCAAGUCUACCCCGGCGAUUCUGGCGGUAACCGAAUACCCUAUAAACGCUCUGCAUCGGGGACAUCGGGUGAAUCACUACCAGGGGCUUCUGGCGAGCCGACGACAGGGAACAGUGGUGCGUCAAAUAAACCGACCAGCUACGUCAAAGUGACUUUCAGAAAUCCCAUCUAUGAGAACAAUGCGCAAGCUUCGGAUACAGCAUCAACCUGCCUUCCCAUCUUGGACGAUUUAUUCAGAGGUCUUGGCGAGGAGACUUGAGUGGAAAAGAUCACACUCAACGGAAUAAUAGUGAGGAACGCAUGAUGAAUGACCUGUGACCAUGCCUGAUACUUUGCUUGUUUAGACAAAUUCUGCACACCAAGAUUGGUCAUGCAUCGUCUAGGGUAUACGUUGCUCUAUUUGGAUGGAAAACACAAUACUCUACCACGAUUUAAAUUACAUCUAUCUGGACAGGACUGUCUUUAUUUACCCACGAUCUCACAGUAACGGGUGACACUGGAUAUAAAAACAUGUCCGUAAAUACCUGUUUUAACAAAAACAUCACCAAACUUACGGGUGGCAUGCUAUUUAUUCUGGCAACUUAAUCAUCAAACUCCCAUAUCAUCUUAGUAAGGUUCAUGGUAGAGCUAGACAUUACUUUCCAUACAUAUAUUUCACACGACAUGGAUAUCAUGCGGCCAAUAUGUUGAUGCUUCUAUGUCGGUAAAAGAAAUAGAAUCGAUGUUGUUUCAGAAUAUUUGUUUUGUAUUAAAUGUAGGCCUAUAACACUGGUUUAUAAAAGGUAACUAGUAAACCAUGCAUAUUCUUGGCUGUUAUAAGCCAGAUCCUGGCCUAUCAUGUUUUACCUUGGAGUAACUCUAAGGUUUUAUGACGGACAGAAAAUGCUGGUUCAGACCGAUAAUACAAUGUAUUCUGGUGCCAUCUGCCGGGUUCAAGUUCAAGACACAAAAAAUCAUAACCUGAAUAUGUCGUCUUGAUUGGUCCAGAAAUAAAC